AACAAAGACCAAGAUUCACGCGCCACCAUCGAGGAGUAGGAUACAGCUUGAUCUCUGUCAAGAAACCGAGCAUGUCCGACUGACACCUUCCAACUCACAAUACUUUUUUCACAAACCCUCAACUCUUCCACCUUGUUCAUAAUUCUAGAGAGAGAAACACUGUGUGUUUGUGUGUGAGAGAGAAACAUAGCAAAAGGGUGUCUCUAUCAAACAAUCUUUGUUAGUUCUGAUGAAAGGGGAUGGAGGAAAGAUGGUAAUCAAGUCCAAAUUGAAGUGGGUAGGCUUAGUUGGACUUGUACUCUCUGCUUUAUCUCUUUUCACUCACUUUCUUCUUGCAAGAUAUUCCUACACAGAUGACAACCUCACUGAGUAUCAAGCUAUUACCAUUUUCUCUUGGAGACCUAUCUUUCAGAAUGCAGAUCUUUCACCCAAUAGUAAAUUGCAUAGAAGACUGUGGGGGCCUGUUAGGCGGCUUGAAUCGUUACAGCCUCAUGCUAAACCUAGACAACACUAUGCAGUUCCAGUUUCCGAGUCAGAUAGAUUCAUUUUCGUACGGAUACGUGGAGGCUUUCACGAGAUUAGGAGUUCAAUAUGUGAUGCUGUUGUUAUUGCUCGGCUCCUCAAUGCUACACUUGUGAUUCCCGAGAUUCAGUCAACGACAAGCAGCAAGGGAAUCAGUGCUCAGUUUAAGAGUUUUCCUUACCUUUACAACGAGGAUCAUUUCAUGGAAGCAUUAGCAAAUGAUAUCACAGUAGUAAAGACGCUUCCCAAAAGCCUCAAAGGAGCUAGAAGAAAGAAAGAAAUCCCUUCGUUUAAAGUCGUCAACUCGCAAUCUCCGUAUUAUUAUUUACAUCAUGUUCUCCCGGUUUUGAAACGCCACUCGGUGGUUGAGCUUGUUGUUUCUGAUGGUGGAUGCUUGCAGGCAAUACUUCCUCCAGAUCUUGAGGAAUAUCAACGGCUGAGAUGUCGUGUUGCAUUUCAUGCUUUAAGCUUCCGUCAAGAGGUUCAAGAAUUGGCAACCAAGAUUUUACAUAGGUUAAGGGCUCCAGGAAGGCCAUUUAUAGCAUAUGACCCAGGGAUGACAAGAGACGCUUUAGCAUAUUAUGGUUGCGCUGAACUCUUCCAGGAUGUGCAUACUGAACUUAUUCAGCACAGACGGUUAUGGAUGCUCAAACGCGGUAUCGUCAAGGGAAAUCUUACCGUGGAUUCAAACGCGCAACGCCUUAACGGUUCUUGUCCACUUAUGCCGGAAGAGAUUGGUAUCAUCCUUCGUGCAUACGGGUAUUCAUGGGACACGAUAAUCUACAUAUCGGGAGGAGAAGUGUUCGGUGGUCAAAAGAAACUAAUCCCAUUUCACGCAAUGUUCGAAAACGUUGUCGAUAGGACAUCCCUUACAACACCUUGGGAAUUAAACAAAAUAUACGGCCGUGAAGCCAACCUUGUCGACAAAUACCCGAAAACCCCACCAUCUGCCGAGCAAGAAACGAAAAAAGAUACAUGGAAAACGUCGGGUCAACGCCCACGGCCGCUGCCGCCACCUCCCGCCAGGCCAAAGUCGUAUAACAUCGAAGGGUGGUGGGGUUGGGUGGCUGAGAGCGAUAACGAGCCCGAGAGUACUGUGAUUGAGCUGAGGACUAAUGCCCAUAAACUUCUUUGGGAAGCCAUUGAUUACGUGGUGUGCGUUGAAGCUGACGUGUUUGUUCCGGGCUUUGAUCGCGACGGUAAGGGAAGGCCUAGUUUCGCGAGUUUGGUGAUGGGGCAUAGGUUGUAUCAAUCGGCUACCGCUAAAUCGUUUAUGCUCGACAGGAAAGAGAUUGCGAAACGUAUGGAAGAAAUAAGCGACCAUUUAUACGAAUUCAACCAGACGUGGAUCAAAUCAGUGCGAAAUCACCUACGUAAAAGCUUGGUUGACGGAUUAACCGAAGAGUCAAAAAUAUCAAAGUCGUUAUCUUUUCUCUCUUUCCCAGUUCCCGAAUGUGCUUGCCUGAGAUCGAACCCGAACGGUGCGUCAUCUCGCACGUCUGCUUCCCAACUGCCGUUAGCUCUUAAAGUUGCACCUUCAUGUCCUGCUUGGAUGGGUAAAGACGUAAUUUCUCGUUCUGCGGACAAGGAAAACGAAGACGAUCUUGACGAGGAUGAUGAUUCGGGGACUUUUAGUUUGUUUUUCCGGCAAAGUGGCGGCGGUUCUAGCAACAGAAAUGCGGUGAGUAAUGGUGGCGGCAGAGGUGGUGGAGAGAUGAUGAGCAGCAAAGAAGAGACUCAGAUGGAAGAUCAAGAAGAAAUGGAGGGCGGCGAUCGAUAGAAGUUAAGAGAGCGUCUAGUUGUAGCCUAACUUUAGUUAUUUGUAAUCUUGUACAGUUGGAACAUAACAUAUUGCUGUUUAGACUGUUCUAGUUUGUAUGCACAGUUUGACUUUUGAUGUCAAAGCUGUUGUCUUCCAAUUUUAAAUCGAUAUAAGUUAUUUAUACUUUUAUAGA